AUGCAGAGAGUGCUCAUACGACGCGACCAAGCUGAGUUAAGCUUGGAACGUAGUUCACAAGUUCACUACCCUCCGCAACCGGAGGUAGAGUUUGGUUUCCCGCAGGUCUGCUAUUGUGGUGCUCACCCAGUGCUUGCAACAUCUAACUCCAGGAAUGAUCAAGGGAGAAGAUUUUACACUUGCGCAAAUAAGGACGAUGGCGAUUGCCAUAUUUUCAAAUGGUGGGAUGAGGCGGUGAUGGAUGAGAUGAGAGCCAGAGAUAUACACGUGUUUCAGCUAUCUGAAAAGGUAGAUAGCCUAACCCUUUUACCUGACUAUGACACUGAGGAGAAGCUACGAAAGCUAGAGAAGAUGGUGGGUGAUUUGGCCAAGGAGAAAUCAUGUAUGAUAAAGGGGUUUGAGUGCUUUGUAAUAGUCAUAGUUGUUCUUGUUGUGGUAAUAGGCUUGCUGGUUAUGUUAGUCUAA